AUGCCUGGAAACGCCGGUUAUUACACGAACGACAAAGAAAAAUGUCCAGAAAAUAUACGUUUUGUGGGAAAAGAGAAAUUUCCAAAAAAAAUUCUCGUUUGGAUCGCAUUUUCUGAGCGUGGAAUGUCGAAACCACUCUUCCGGUCGUCAACCUCGGCUGCAAUAAAACCCGAAAUUUAUAUCAAAGAAUGCUUAGAGGAACGAUUGUUGCCAUUCAUAGAUAAGUAUAACGAUGAUUUAAAUUACAUAUUUUGGCCGGAUUUAGCUAGUGCCCAUAGAGCUAAAGAGGCAAUAUCGUGGAUGAAUGAUAUGAUUAACUUCGUGCCGGUCGAUAUGAAUUCUCCUAAUGUCCCCAAAGCCAGGCCAAUCGAAGACUUUUGGGGAGUAUUGGCUCAGAAUGUGUAUGAGGGUGGAUAG